AUGCGUUUUGGAACUGCCCUCGCGGCAGUAAGUGGAGUUCUCUCCUCGAAUGUCUUGGAUUUGACCUCCUCGACCUUCCAAGGUGCCAUCGAACAACACGACACUUUGAUGGUCGAGUUCUUCGCCCCGUGGUGCGGUCAUUGCAAAAAGCUCGCUCCCGAGUACGAAGCUGCCGCCGACGCUCUCAUCGAAGAAGAUCCUCCUAUCCGAAUCGCCAAGGUCGACUGCACUGCCAACGGCGAACUCUGCCAGAAAUACGGAGUCUCCGGUUACCCCACCAUUAAAAUGUUCAAGGCCGCUGAGGAGAGCGGAAAGUACGAAGGAGCUCGAUCCGCUGACGGCAUCACCGCCUACAUGCGCAAGCAAUCUGGCCCUGCAUCCACCGCUAUUGACUCAACUGCCAAAUGGGAGAAGGUCUCGGACAACAAGCAGACCAUCAUUGUUGGUUUCUUUGACGACUACGAGACCGGAAAUGGCAAGGUCUUCCAACAAGUCGCUGGAGCUCUUCGAGAUGACUUCCGAUUCGCUCAUUCUACCGAUGCUGCUGUUCUCAAGGCUGCUGGACAGGAGAGCGGUAAAAUCGUCCUCUACCGACCAAGAGCGAUGAAGAACAAGUUUGAAGCGGGAGAAGUUGUCUACACCGGCGAGAAAUACACCGUUGGUUUGAUCAAAGCCUGGAUCAAAGAAAACUCCCUUGGUGCUUGCCCAAUCGCCACCAUGGACAACCUCCGAGAUCUUAAACGACCUCUUGUCAUGGCCUUCUACAAAGUCGACUACAAUCUUGAUCCCAAGGGAACUCAGUACUGGCGAAACCGAGUGAUGAAGGUCGGACAGGACUUCAGCGACAUGUUCUUUGCCGUCGCUGACAACAAGAAAUUCAUGGGAAUGAUCAACUCCGAACUCAAUGGUGCUUCCUGGACUUUUGACAAGCCAAAGGUCGUGAUCUUCGACGAUGCUGAUAAGAAAUACAUCAUGGAGGAAGAAUUCUCUACCGAUGGAAAGAGCCUUCGAGCUUUCAUUGAAAAGUUCAACGCCGGAGAGGUCGAAGCUUGGGUCAAGUCCGAAGACGUUCCAGCUGAGCAGGGCGCUCUCAAGAAGGUUGUUGGCAAGAACUGGGACGAUAUUGUUAUGAAGACCGAUGCUGAUGUUUUCAUCAAGAUGUACGCCCCGUGGUGCGGACACUGCAAGGCAAUGGCUCCCGCCUGGGAAGAGUUUGCCCAGAAAAUGGAGGGUGAUGAUGGAAUCAUCGUUGCUGACUUCGACGCCACUGCUAACGACCCAGGACAUCCUGCUUACUCCGCUUCUGGUUACCCAACUCUCUACUGGGCACCAGCUGGCGACAAGACCAACCCCAAGAAGUACCAGGGAGGCCGAUCCGUCGCCGACUUCGAAAAGUGGGUCAAGGAGAACCGAUCUACCCCUGCCAAGGAUGAAUUGUAA